CAUCAACAACGCCUGCAUCUGCAAUCGUGAGCGCUAAAUGCGAUCGUAGUCUUCAGGGAAAAUUAUUUGCGUACAGGUCGAGAUGGCUCCGGCCCAGUUGGAGCAAAGACGUUCGCACAAUCUUCUACUGAUCUCAAAGCUACUCAAUCAGCGGGAUGCCUCCUCACCUUUCACCUUGGUCAUCGAUUCCCUGGAGCAGUCUGCACGGCCGCUGGUCAAGGAGUAUGUCCGGAGGGCCAAACUGUCAAAGACCAAAGUCUUAUUCGUCUCCUACGAGACUCUAAAAGCACCUGAAGGCGUGGACAUCUUCAUUCAAGCUAUUAGGAAGCCAAUUCCAACUCUUCAAAAGGAGAUAUCUGCUGCUGCAUCAGAUGGCAAAACUCUCUUAGUCUUCGACACCUUGAACUGGAUCGCUGGAGACUCAAAUCUGAAUCUCUCGUCCUUUCUGUCAUCCCUGAUCUCUCCGAACACGCCCUUGCUGGCCGUAUAUCAUCAGGAUAUACCUUUGUCACGUCCUCUUGAGUCUUCACAUGGUCCUCAUCCACUUACACUAUUGAAGUACCUCUCAACCGCCAUUUUCUCAACACAUUCACUCCACCACGUCCUCGCGCAAAAGUCCGCAAGAGGCCGCAGCCUUGCGGAACCUGUGUUCGGACUGGCAGAAGAAAUUGAAGGGAUCGUCCAGGGAAUAGGGAGCAACGAUCCUAGAGGGGUGGUCCUGGAAAUGGAGUAUAGGCGCAAAUCGGGACGGGGUGUCCAUGAAUGGUACUUCUUACCAUCAUUAGCACACUCUAGUGCCACGUCACAGGCUUCUAAAGGAAAGGAGAUAGCGACUCUACUCGACGAUCACCCCCUCUAUCGACAAACUCCGGCGAAUGAAGGGGGAAAUGGUGCAGAAGAACUUGGGAUAGACUCGACAUUCAAUCUAGGGCUCACUGAAAAACAGAGGAGAGACCGAGAAGGAGUCGUGCUUCCAUACUUCGAUGCUCAAAAAAGUGAAGGUGGUGAAGGUGGACGGAUUCUCUACGAUAUGGGAGAAGAGGACGAUUUUGAUGAGGAGGAAGAUGAAAUAUGAGUGAAGGCGAAGAGACCAAGCCUAGUGCAAUGGUCUAUUCAUACUGAACAAUAUAUAGACUUUCUAGGUCUCUCCGACACGGGGGUAUGCGUGUACACAGGGCCAGCAAUGGUCGCUAUAACCUUUGCCAAGACUUGCCAAG